AUGGCGGAAGAAGAGAGUGAAUUGGAGUUGGACAGGUUUAAAAAAGAACUGGAGAGUUUGAUAAACACUAGUGCAAGCGACGAACGUGGACUCCAGAGCAAGUUAUACUGUGCAAGAUUUUGUGAGCUGGUUGAGGAACAGACAGGGCGAUGGCAGGUGCCCCUGCCUCAGCUCCAGGUCCUGAGGAGUGCACUAUGUACAUUUGUGCAUGGUGCCACCUCCUUCCCUUCUGAUUGUGAGCAUGUGCGCUACACACUGAGCAGUAUUGCUCUGAGUGUCUUUGAGCUGCUGUUAUUUUUUGGGAAAGAUGAAUUUCCAGAGGACCCUUUAAAAGAGAUUCUGGAUUCAUUUCAGGAAUGUCACUCAAGUUUAGUGAGAUACCAGAAUGUAUACCUCCUGCAAGUCAGGCAGAUCAUCAGAGAUGGGGGGCCAUGGGCAAGCCCUGUGCUGCAGGGAAUCCUAAAGGAAUCGGAACAAGCACAAGAGGAAGUGGAAAGAUAUUUGAGCUCUGAGUUAUCCAUCUUCUUCGAGCUUCGUGUUCGUUAUUUGCUGGCAUGUGAGCAGACCCGGGAGGCCAUGGUGCUGGCCCAGAGAUGCAGUCAGCACCUGACCGCUGGACGACACCUGUUCUUUAAGCAGGCCUACCUCACCUGUCUUUGCAAGGCUUCUGAGCAAGAGCGACUGUUGAAGGAGAUGGCAGAGAUCGAUGGGAAGGAUGCCGUUGAGAUUCUCUGCAUGGUGGAGAAGGAGGAAAAGGAGGAGUUGCUCUUGGGCCUGAGCAGAAGCUUCCUCUUACAGCAGCUUAUGAGUGGAGACAUGUGCUACCUUUGGCAUUUGGUCUUCAUAUGGUGUAAACUGUACCUCAGAAUGAACACACCCAGAGAAGAAUUUCUGGAGGAAUGCAAACAGAUGAUUUUGUCAGCCACCAACAUAAAGGCAAUCUUUCCAUUUAUCAAGGUGAUUCUGGCAGAGCAGCUGGAGCAGGAUGGGUUGACAUUUUGCUUAGAGCUCUGUGCACGAGCCCUGCAGACUGACCUCAAAAACGAACCAGUCACUAAGUCUCUCAUCUACAAAAUCAUUGCAUACCUGCUUCCCAACGACCUGGAAGUCUGCAGAGCCUGUGCCCUGCUUGUAUUCUUCCUGGAGCGCACUGUCGAGGCCUACAAAACCGUGUUCCUUCUAUACAAUCACCCUGAUCAGGAAUACCAUCUCGACACCAGUCCCAUUGGGAACCACGUCCGUUUUGAGCUGAUUCAGAUUCUGAAAAAAGGCCUGUACUUCGACCCUGAAUUCUGGAGCCUUCUCAACAUAAGAACGAACUGCCUUAAGCUCAUGAGCGAAAAGGUGGCUAAGGCCGCCCUCUGUGAGAUUAUGGAAGAGGACAAGUGGGUUCCCAGCUGCUGUGUUAGAGGUCAAUGCAAAUGCAGAGUGGAACCAGAAAGAACUAUUAAAGAACAGGUGGCAAAGCCCACCAACAAACAAGAAUCCGAGGUGGUAGACAAACAGGUCAGGCCUCUUUCUGAGGACACAACCUCUAAAAUUCCAUUACCUAAGAAGAGAGGGAGAAAACCAGGAUCAAAGGUCGUAAAGGAUCCGGAACCCUGUCCUGUUCGGCGUUCUUUCAGACAGUUAGACUUGGCGCAGAACCAUGCCAGACAGCUGAGCAACAGACACCAAAGGUUCCUCACCAGACAGGCAGAGAAGAAGACCCAUAAACGCAGGGGCAGGAAACCCCGCUGGCUCCUGGAGGAGUUGGCUGCUCAGGCAGAAAACAGUGCUCCAAGGCAAGGCAAAAAACCAGGGAGGAAGCCAAAGCAGUUAAAUGUAAAGGGUAUUUCAGUUCAGACGCCAGUCAUUGAAAUCACGAUGGAGAUUUCCUACCCUGACAAUGAAGUUGACCUCCCUUCUGAUGUUCAGGGCUGGCCUGUCUGUAAAAUGACUUUAACUACAGAGUCCAAUUUUAAGGAAUCUAAAAGUCCAUGUCAGGGUCCUCCUGCACAGCCUCAUACUGAAGCUUCGAAUUCUCUUCUUCAGUUACUGUCUGAAGAAUCAACUUCCUCAUGGAGAGAUGAAGAAAAGGACACUGAAGAGUUUGCCUUUUGGCUGCAUGAUGAUCUUGCCUUCAUUCGAAAAUUCCACACCUACGCAAAAGUGCCUGAAGUAGAGGGAAUUUUGAAUGAUGCUCUGACUGACAAUUUAGUUACAAUGCCUGUCCUUGCUGUUGAGCAAGAAAGUCCUCUUCUGACCCCUACAUCUGAAAAUGAUCCUUGUGAGCCAGUGAACACUGUCACACAGGUGGAGAUUGAGUCAACUUUUCUUACCACUGCUUUAACACUAGAGGUCUCUGCACCUGUAGAGGGCACUGUUGAUACCCAUGAGGGAUCUAGUUUGGAGAUGCAUCCUGGUCCAGAACUGCUAUUAGUUUCACCUGUUGAGGAUUCUUUACUGGCAGACGGUAUGGUCAGUGUGCUGGAAAACAGUACUGUUGAUUUUCUCCAAGAUGAAACCAUUAACCUUGUUGCUGAUACUGUUCUUUCACCUGAAAAUACACAAGAAAUAGCAGUUUUUACUCCGGAUAUUAUACCUGACAAAGCUACUGAUAUUUGUACGUCUGAAAGUGGAUCCGAAAAAUCAACUGACCAUGACUCUGUCCAUGAACAUGCACUCGAAACAACAGUGAACACUACUCCUGUGCCUGAAAUUGCACUUCAAAUAACUGCUGACAAUAUGUCUACUCUUGAAAAAAUAACUGAUAGUCAUGAACAUGCACCUGUUGCUCCAAAGGAAGUAAGGCCUGUUUCUGAAAAUGCAUCUGUAAUGGCCAGUGAGCACAAGAUCCCUGCUUCCCUUGCAGAAGAGAAACCUCAGGAGCCAGAGGAAGACCAGAAUGAGCUGCCUUGGGAUAUGCGUGCAGUGACCAACAGCUCAGCUCCUGUGUCUGGUUCUCAGACUGUCGUGCGGCUUUUGCAUUGCUGUGGACUUUGCGGUAAAGAAUGCAAAAGCUCAUCGGUUCUGAGACACGCAUUCUGGCAUUACCGGAUCGAAAGAAAGUGCAUGUUUUGUCAUUGCUUCAAUUACGCACAUGGCCCGUUGUGUCAUUUUAAGAAGCACAUAAAAGAUUUAAAAGAGGGUUUAACUACACUGUCUGAGAAACCUGAUCAGAUUGUCCCCAGGGCACUGCCAAAGAAAAUGAGACCUGGACUUGCACAAAUCAAAUCAAGACUGCUGAUGAAGCUGAACGUUAGAAGGGAGACCUCACCUCAGCACAAGGUGGAGAAUAACUUGGAUGCCAAUGGACGAUCAUUGAAGCAGAAUUUCAAAAAAAUUGGAGCCACAGGAGAACUGGAAGAGGGCAAGGAGAUGGAAGAGAAAAAUGAAGAUGAUCAGGGGCGCAUUCCCAAGACAAAGGUAAGAUACUUCACGAGGGGCUUAGUUAGAAAGUCGGAGUCCAAGGGAAAGUUCCUUAGGGCAAGAUUAGCCAGGAAAGCAAAGACUGAGGGAGAUGUUUCAGGCACCCAGGACAGUAAUGUUCACAGAGCAAAUGGAGUACUUAGAAAAAGGAGAAACAUGAAGCAUGUUCAGGAAGAGAGCUGUCAAUCAAAUGGUGAGAAAAAUGUACCAUCAAUAACAAAACAGGAAAAAGAUGACCAGGAGACUGUGGUUGGGUCAGAGGCUGAACAGGUGAAGGCAGACAGCACCAGUAAGGAAAGGAAAAGCUUGAAUUGGACAACCCCAGAAGAAAAAGAAAUGUUGGAGAAAACUAGGAUCAGGAAAAAAAAGAAUAGGCUUGCUGACCAGAAAGAGGAUGAUGAAUCAGCAAAAAGAAGAAAGGUAGACAGUGGGCAGAACGAGAGGUCUGGCGUUGAUCAGAAACAGAAGGAAAGUGCUGUAACUCUUAAUCUCACAGACGGAACCCAACAAGAGAAUGUUGCAGCUGGUGUGACAAAUGCAAUAAAUCAGGAGAAUGGGACGGAAUUGGAUGAGGCCUCGAAACCAGUGCAGAAGAAGAAGCUCUGCGGUACUCCUCCUAUGGUUAAAUGUCCUGUGGAAGCAUGCACGUUCCAAACAAGACCAAGCCCUGUCCUUUCACACGUGCUCAUUCACCACCCUGGUGACACAAAAGCCCUCGAGUUCUUUUACAACCUUGCGAAGGAGAAAUGUCUUUUCUGUGGCAGAAGGAUCUGGAGCCCUCAGCACUUUUUUGACCAUGUUGUUUCUCACCGGGGUAACCUCAAGCACCCAUGCUACCAUGUUGACUGUAAGGAGAGGUUCAAAACGCGGCUGGCGCUUGGUGACCACAUGUUGAAAGAUCAUCAUCCACUGAGAGCGGUGUGCUGCUUUCCUGGAUGCGCAGGGCAAUUUGCCAACUCCAAGCUAUUGUACAGUCACGAAAGGGUUCAUUACAAACUAGUUCGGAAAAAGGCCCUACCCAAAAAGAACAAGUCAGUAACCUCCAGUUUUAAAAAGUGUGAGAAAGUUGUUGAGAUGAACCUAACAGCCUCAAAUGCUAACCCUUCAGAAAUGCAGCAGACGCUUGAAGGCAUAACGGCUGCUCCUUCUCAGACACAGCCAGCUGAAGGUGCACAACAGACAAAGAGUGCGACACCUGUUAAACUAGAGGACGAAAAGCCUCUGAUGUUAAAUAGAAGUUCAGUGAGCUACGCCAACAAGAGCCCCAGGCUUGUCAAUGGCCACAGCAAGCACGGGCGAGAGGCCCGCGUGAAACCGCCUGCAGCCGUGGCCUCGAAAGAGCAAUUGAUGGAGUACGGGAAAAUGAGUAACAAGCCGUUUGUCCGCCCUCCGCCAUCGGCGUACCUGGAUGAAUCAUACAUCAGCAUGCCGAAGCGCUGGAAGGGGCCCCAGCUGAGCCCCAAGGGCUCCACUGUGAGCAUCGUCAGCCCCACCAAGAGACAGUGCUGCUCACGAUGCUCAGCCUCCUUCGAUACUGACGAAGAGCUUCAGGCGCACAGAGAAAAAUGCACUUCCCUCUUCGGUUUUGACUCGGAUGAUGAAAGUGCUUCCUGAAGAAGAAACCAUUUGACCAUCACUUUUACAGAAAGGCACGAACCCAUUUGAACUGCCGAUGAAAGCUGCUAAUUGACAUUCUGAAGUUUUUUUUUGUUUGUUUUUUUUUUUUUUUUGAAGAGCACGUGAAGACACAAAAAGACACUUCAUUUGGAGUGUUAAGUGUUAAGCUCACUAGCGCUUAACAGUACAGUUUGGUUUUACCAUUUGGACUUUCACACAGUUAACAGUUACGUUGUCAGGCUGUGGACUUUGUUGCUAAAUCUUAUUUGUUCAUAGCAAAAUUUAGCAGCUUGACCCAUUGUUCAACUUCACUAAUAGAGUUCUCAGAAUUGAAAAUGGAAAAACAAUUUUAGGUGACAGUUCCCAGCUAACACUGAAAAACACCGAUUACCCUUUUAAAAAAAAUUUUUUACAAUUAUUAUUAUUUUUGGGGGGGGGGGCUUGGACUGCUUGGUAAUGGACCCAUGCUCGGAGAUUCUUUUGCCCUAACAGACCAUAGUUGUCUGAUUUAAAAUGGUCAUUGAACCUGUAGAGAGGGCGUGCUUGGCCUCUUUUGUUCCCAAUGACUCUGCUUUUACUCUGGGUAACAGAAGAUAGUCAGUCUAGUUUGGGCCCAGGAAGGGAAUCAGCAGUAUUGUGCUUUGACCUGUUUAAUCGGUUUGACUGAUUUCAGGAUUAAAGUGCAGGAAUAAGUAUGGUUGUACUGGCUAUGCAAUUCAGCAUAUUUCUGACACGUUUGGAAAACUCAGUUUAAUUAUUUAGAAACUUGUAUUUUUAAUCUGUGAACACUUUUUUUUUUUUAAGCAUUUAACUGCUUUUUAAUUUUAAUUUUUUUUUUAUUAAUCUCAAACAUGAACACAUUGGAGUUAGUAUAAUGAGCCGGACAUACCUAGAAUAUAUAAUACAUUUCAUCUAAGAACAAUAAGAUUAAUUUUUGCCCUAAAUACUAAAUGAUUCAUAUGAAGGCAUUGAUGUGGGCCCAAGUCUUGUAAGAUUAAA